AUGCUUAGAAAAGCUGAAUCCGGCACAUGGCUCCCUGCCUAUGUCCCAGUAUCAUCUAAUGUGGUGCUAAUUCUGCUUAUGACUUCUUCAAUGGCAAUCUCUACUACUUAUGGAAUCUACCGAUCAAUGCUCAAUGGCCUUAAUAUCUUACCCGCAUACAUUAAUUAUUUUGAUCUUAAUGAUACGACAAAAGGCUUGCACACUGCCGCAAUUUUUAUUGGUGGCUGUCUGGCAACGCCCUGCUCUGGCUUGCUGUGCGAUCGUUUCGGUCGACGCCCUGCUAUCUUCUGGGGCAGUCUAAUAGCAAUUGCCAGUAUGGCAAUUCAGACGGCAGCUCAAAAUGUUGCUAUGUUUAUUGUGGCCAGAGUGUUAGUCGGGUUUGGAACUGCGAUCGCCAAUAUUGCAAGCGGAACUAUGCUUAACAACUUCUACUACGUCGGUGCUUUAAUCAUUGCGGUCAUUACUCUUAGCACGAGCUCCUGGGAAUCGUCGUGGGCCUGGAGGCUUCCAUCCGUGGCUCAAGGCAUGUUCUCUGUAUUCAGUAUUGGAUUUCUGCCAUUCAUUCCUGAGUCGCCACGUUGGUUGGCUUAUCGUGGCCACCACGAAGCAGCGCAGCUUGCGGUUGCUCUUGUUAGCUCUAAUGGCAACAUUGAAGAUCCGGCAUCAAAUGUUUUAUACGAGCAGAUUGUCAAGGGCAUUGAGCUAGAGCGCUCGCAGAAGCACAAUGUGACAAUCUGGGGCAUUGUCAAGGACCCUGUGGCAAGAAGACGGCUCCUGAUUGGCUCAUCGACGGGAAUAUUUGCUUCAACAGCUGGAAACGUUAUCGCAACAUUCUAUCUUGGCGCCGAACUUAAGACUGCGGGUAUCACGAACAUCAAAUCUCAAUUGAAGGCGAACAUUGUCCUAAAUGCAUGGUGCCUUCCUUGCGCACUUGCAGGGACACAGUUCAUAUCUCGCUGGGGACGAAAGUCGACUGCCAUUAUCACUGAAGCACUUUUGGUUGCCUGUCUUUUGACCAUCGGCCUUCUCACGAAAAAGUACGCCGAAGAUCCGGACCACGCCUCAAAAGCCUUGGUCUAUGGCAACGUGGCCGUAAUGUUCCUCUUUCAAGGCAUCUAUUCCAUUGCAUGGACGCCAUUGUUCAGUCUCUAUCCACCAGAGAUUGCGAAUUUCUUGAUUCGCGCUCACACCGUGGCGGUUACGCAACUUGGACAAAAUCUUUGUGGCACCAUAUUGGUGCUGGUUACACCCAUCGCACUCCAAACUAUUGGCUGGAAGAUGUAUAUUAUCAAUGCGUCGUGGGAUGUUGGAAUGGUGGCGCUGAUUUGGUACUUUUGGGUUGAAAUCAAAGGGAAAUCUUUGGAAGAGAUUGAUACGAUAUUUGAUACUGGCAGUAGACAGUCGCGGUCAAUUGCUGGUGCAGAUGGGAAAAGAGAUAAUGUAGCCAACUCUACCGCUGUUGAGAUGCCGCCUCUGCUUAGUGGAUUGCGACAGGUUUUGCCAACGUGA